GAAUUCAAUUGCACGUAUCGCUUCACCGGUCCCAAGAUUCCUUUUGAUCCCGAUGCCGUUUGGCCGAUGGUUGCCAACCCAAACUUGUCCAUGUAUGUGAACAAUACUCAAGCGUUCACCGCUGCGGUAAAAUUCAACAUAAAUUAUACAGGCCUGUUGACAUCUCUGGACAACGUGUUCAAUGGUCAUGCUGAUCAGAUUCAAGCUGCAAUUGGCCUGAUGGUCCCACUAUUUAACGAACUACAGGAACUGGUUCAAAUUCCUAUUGACAGCCAUGGAGACCAGUACAUGGGUCCAAACGUUGGUCCGACCUAUGAUUUUACACCACAUGAUUGA